AAAAUAUAAACACUAUAUGAUCAGUCACUUGCUACUAUCUUCACUCAGUUGAGCUUACAUUCAGUGACAAUCAGGUGGUGCUUUAGUGGUGCUUCAUAGACAAAGAAGAGAUAAUAUGGAAGUCAUCCAGAAUCCUAUCGAUCCCGCUGGUGGCAGUGUUGUUCAAAUUACUCAGAGCAAUAUUGAUUCUGUGCUAGCCGACAGCGAAUUGGUGGUAAUAUUUUGUUACUUUGAGUUUUCAAGAUAUACUACUCGUCUAUUGUCCAUACUUCAUAAAGUUGCGAACGAAAUUUCGAAAGCCGGAUUCGGGCCUGACAAAGUUGUAAUAGCUAAAGUAGACUGUACAGCAGAAGAGGCUAUCGCAGCAAAAUUAAAUCUGUACAUGUACCCAAAAAUAAGACUGAUAAGAAAUGGUUUGGUAUCUAACUAUCCUUGUAAAUGCAAGCAUAAUGUACAAGGCUUCGUAGAGUUUAUCAAGGGAUUAGUAUCUGAUCCUAUUAUCACACUUAAUAAUGUGAAUGAACUUCACGACCUGAGUGAGGACAUGGGGCAUGUUACUGCCUAUUUAGAUACUAAAGACCAGCCCGAAUAUGAGGUCCUACGUAAAGUGGCCAACAGUCUUAAACAUGAGCAUCAAUUUUACGUGAGGUUUGGUGAUUCAGCACAGCAAAUGAUCACAGGUCAACUCAGAAUUUCGUUUAGAUCAACUGGCGGAGCCACAGUAGAACUUGACGACACUUAUCAAGGAUCAUUGCUUAACUUUGCUGAUAUAUGUACUUGGGUACAGCAAAGAAGAUUCCCUCUUUUAAGGGAAAUUACAUAUGAUAAUGAAGAUGACCUGAGAGUUAUUCAACGACCGUUGCUUAUUUUGAUACACAUGCCCUCUGACACACAAAGUGCUAAAGAAUACAAAGAAGCAAUCAGAAAAGAAUUGGAACCUGAAAGAGGACGGUUAUACUUCUUAACUGGUGAUGGCAUACAAUUCGAGAAAUUGUUGCUCCGUUUUGGCAAAUCGAUAUCUGACCUGCCAUUAAUUGCCCUUGAUUAUUAUCAGCACUUAUCAGUCUAUGAUUACAAUGUUAAACCUGGAAAACUUCGGGAACUCGUCAAUGAUGUGAAUACAGGUGCAAUUUAUCAGCGAGGGAUUCAACUAUGUCGUCUGUUGACAUCAGAUACUGGAUACCACAUUUCUGGCUUAUUUGAAUGAUGCAUAAGGUCUAACGGUAAGGGAGCGCGGUUAUGCUAAGCUUAUAUGAAUAGUCACUUUAUAUUCUACAGUACUGUUCUCUCAGUGCUGUACUACAAUAGUACUACAUAAAUUAUGAUGAUCAAAAAAGUAGGCAAAAUAUGCCUACUUUUUUGGUUGGAAUAUUAUUUUAAUUUGGUUUCCACUGGUUACUUUGAACUUCUGUUGAAUUCCUAAAUAGUAAAUGUUUUUUCUUACAAGUAGCUAAUAUUCGGAAAAUGUGGUAGAAAUCACUACAUUUUCUUCCCACGGGAGGUAAAGAUUUGAAAAAAGUUACGUCUGUACAGUCAAUUAUACAAUUCACAAUUUUUGUUUUUUUAUUUUUGUAUAAAAUGUA